CUAACGUGGCGAAAUAUUCAAAGAGACAGCCUCUUAGACUAUCCAGCUCAUCAGCAUUUUGCACACAACAGACGACACCCUCCUCUCUAUGCUUUCUUUUCCUUCCUUAUUACGCGCCUAACUCAAUCCUCUCUGUUUUUGGGUUUUUUGGUCUUCCCUUCUUCUUUCUCUCUGUUAGGUUUUAUUUUACUUUCUUUUGGGUUUUUUUUUUGUUUUUCUAAAUAAUUUUUAAAAAAGGCUAUGUCGAAGAAGAGGAAAUCCGAAGCUACGUGUCUGGAUGAGGUGGUUCGGAGCAUGUACGCCACCUUCUGCAGCGCGGCUAACUCGCUUUCGCUGCUUUACUCGCAGGCCAUGAACUACCAGCGCCUCUCUUUCCAGGCCGGUGAACGUGACGCGACGGAGAAACUUUUUCAAUGGAUUUUGAGGCAGCAAGAAGAAGGAUCAAGGGUGAAAACAGCUGAUAUAGUUGCUUAUUUGCAGAAUGAGCUUGAAUAUGGAGCAGAGGAGUCUCCAAUGUCUCCCAGGCUGCCAUUUCAGCAGCAGCACCCUCAAACUGCAACCCAUCUCAAUACUUCAAAUUCUCCUUUCUCUUCUACUCCGAUUUCACCGGCAACAAUUGCACAAGGAGUUUGUUCUGGGGAUUACCAAGCAAAGAACUCAGCUAUGGCUUUUACACUCUCCAGCCCUGUUCGGCGGAGUCUUCAGCACUACCACUUAGUUCAGGGUGGUCACCAUUCAAAUAACGUUGUGUCUUCUGGCAAUGGACCUGGAAUUAAUGAGACCAAUUACGCUCACCAACAAAAUAGGGAAGCCAAUUCCCCAAGCGCAAACGAUUGCAUGGACAUGCAUGCUGAGACUCCGGGCAAUGUUUUUCCUUUCUGAAAUUUCUCGCUAGUCAUUUAUUUUUUUAUUGUUGCUAAUUUUUUGGUAAAAUUUCUUGUAAGGUUGGGAAUCUCAAAAUUCCAUGCAAAAUGUAAUGCAUGUUCAAUUUUAAUAUAUUAUUAUAUUCAUGUAAUAGUGGUUUGCCUAGCUGGGGUAGACUUGUAGCGAGCCCAACCUAGCAAGAAACAACCGUUGAAAGGUUCAGAGAAUAGCGUGUUAGGUUUACUAACUUCGAUAACCUUGCGUUUCCGGCAAACCAGGUUGCCGAUGAGCAAGGUAAAGUUGUAAAAUACGAAAACAAUUAAAAAUCCUUUAUAUUUGUUUUAGGCAUCCAUUACUUCGCAAGGCCGAAACUGCAAGCAGCAGCUCAUCUUUCCUUUCUUUUUUCGUUUAUAAUAAUAUCAUUUUGAAAUUUUCCCUGAUAGGCCAAUUUUAUUA